AAGCAAAGGGUGAAGCCAGCAAAAGAGUGGUGAAAUGUAAAGAGGAGGGGUGGAUUGUCAAGAGAAGGAGGGGUGGAUUGUCAAGAGUGCCUGCCUGGGUGACGUGAUAUGCCUUGAAGGAACACAGCUUUCUCUCCAGUCACGGGAGACCCAAGAAUUUGCAAAAGACACGAUAGAAAAUGGGAUUCUUUCCCAGCUUUUCGCUAGAAACAUGGGUGUUGAGCCUUGUCUUUCUGGGCGUGUUUCUCCUAUACGGGAUCUGGCCAUACAAUUUCUUUAAGAAGCUGGGGAUUCCUGGGCCGCAGCCUCUGCCUUUCUUUGGGACGUUUCACAAAUACCGGAAAGGGGUGUUUCAGUUUGAUCAGGAAUGCUAUCUGAAGUAUGGUAAGAUUUGGGGGAUAUUUGAUGGGCGGCAGCCGGUGAUGGCCAUUUUGGAUCCCACCAUCAUCAAAAUCAUCCUGGUCAAAGAAUGCUACACCUAUUUCACCAACCGCCGGGACUUUGGUUUGAAUGGAGACCUGGAUAGUUCCAUAGUCAUAGCCGCUGAUGAGAAAUGGAAGAGGAUUCGUUCUGUCCUCUCUCCCGCCUUUACUAGUGGAAGGCUAAAGGAGAUGUUUCCCAUCAUGAACCAUUAUGGAGAGGUGCUGGUGAAAAAUGUUGAAAAGAAGGUGGACAGUGAAGAAUCCAUAGACAUGAAAGACAUCUUCGGGGCCUACAGUCUGGACGUCAUCACCAGCACUUCCUUCAGCAUCAAUGUAGAUUCCAUGAACAACCCCAACGAUCCUUUCAUCAUGCACAUCAAGAAGCUGCUCAAAUUUAGCUUCUUAAGUCCGCUGAUCAUCCUGAUAGUUCUCUUUCCGUUCCUUACACCAUUGCUGGAAAAGAUAAGAGUCACUCUGAUGCCAGAAUCCUUCAUAAACUUCUUCAGAGAUGUUGUCAAGAAAAUCAAGAAGGACCGGCAGAAGAAUGAUCACAAGAACAGGGUUGACUUUCUGCAGUUAAUGAUGGACUCCCAGGUUUCCAAUGAUGCCUCUGAAGAGGCCCCGGCCUAUAAAGCCCUGACGGACAAGGAGAUAAUAACGCAGGCCACUGUCUUCAUUUUUGCUGGUUAUGAGACCACCAGCUCCUCCCUUAACUUCCUAUCGUACUGCCUGGCUACCCACCCAGAUGUUCAGCAGAGGCUGCAAGAAGAGAUCGAUGAAGCUCUCCCAGGCCAGGCUACUCCCACCUACGACGCGGUUCUCCAGAUGGAGUAUCUGGACAUGGUGGUGAACGAAACCCUCCGGCUGUACCCGCCAGGUGGACGGAUUGAGAGGGUUUGCAAAAAAACUGUAGAGAUUAAUGGAGUGACUAUCCCAGAAGGAACCGUGAUCGUGAUCCCAGCGUAUGUCUUGCACCGUGACCCGGAAUAUUGGCUGGAACCAGAUGAGUUCCGACCGGAGAGGUUCAGCAAAGAAAACAAGGAAUUUAUGGAUCCCUACACUUUCCUGCCUUUUGGUGCAGGUCCCAGAAACUGCAUUGGGAUGCGGUUUGCCCUCCUGUCUUUGAAAGUAGCUGUGGUUGUUCUAUUACAAAAAUUUUCCUUCAGAACCUGCAAAGAGACACCGAUUCCCCUGGAAAUAGACAGCGUGGGCUUCUUACAACCCAAAAAGCCCAACAAGCUGAAGAUGGUCCCCAGAGCCUGCACUGAACUUGAUGGAUAAAGGAAUCAGCAGCUACAAAAAGAGGGCCGCCAACUCUUUCCUGCCGCACCAUUUGCAAAAACGCAUUUAUUCCACAUCCAGGUGGAAUUUAUAAAUUGGCUCCCACGGACGCAAAAGAAACUGCACUGAUACACAGUGCUGAAUGUUCUGUAGGAGAUGCUGUGAACGAAGGGUGCACGAACCACUUAAGAGAUUUGGUGAAGUUCUCAGAUGCUCUACUCCAAGCAUAAUGUGUUUUGCUGAGGCAAUGCGUUACUAGCCGUUACUUCUCUCACUCCUGAAACAUUCAACUGAAUAUAAAUGACACAUGUGGGACAAGAUUUAUUCUAUUAAACCGACAAUGUGCUUGGUAUAGGGCCUUGGAAAGGCCUAAUGAGCGCUUCAGUGAUACUCUCCAAAAUAUGUCACAGUCUUGCUUUGGUACUCUAUUUUUCCUGUUUCUGGUAAACACAUAUUUCUUUUUUUUUGUUGCUCCCUUUUCCACAAUAAAUUUGGUUCUAUGUGUA